UCUAUGUUUUCUCAGAAAGCAAUAUAAGUUCAAAUUAGAAGUUUCGUAAAUAACUUGACAAUAUUGUAAAAUAAGCUAUUAUGAGCUCUUCAAACCAUAUUACAAAGUGUGUAGUACUCUUUCAUAGGGUAUUUCAAAACAAAAACAGAUAAGAAAACAACGCAGUGAGGUUAGACUGCAAAGCAUUUAAAGGCAGUAUUCGUUCAAUUCACUGCAGUACCAGAGUAGAUUUCAGAUAGAUCAACGCCCACUCUUAAAAACCUUUGGGAUUCACCAUGACAAGACACUUGACAGGGUGCCUUUGGCUGCUUUGUUUGGUCUCGAUGGCGUUUUCCGACCUGGCGGUGACCAGUUCGCCCAAACCAACGUUUACAUCGGCGUUUAGCUCUAAAACCACUUCCCCCGCCGGUACCGAUGCUCCAAAUACGAAUAAGACCAUGCUGCCCAUGGUGAUCAACACCUGGAACUUCACGGCCGCCAAUGUGCUGGCCUGGCGGAUCCUCAAGCAGAGCAAGGGCGGCCUGCGGCAGACGCGCAACGCCGUGGUGGAGGGCUGCACCAAGUGCGAGAAGCUGCAGUGCGACCGCACAGUGGGCUACGGCGGAUCUCCGGACGAGUCGGGCGAGACCACGCUGGACGCCAUGGUCAUGGACGGCAGCACCUUGGAUGUGGGCGCAGUGGCCGGGCUGCGGCGCAUAAAGGACGCCAUCAAGGUGGCCCGUCAUGUGCUGGAGCACACUCAGCACACCAUGCUGGUGGGCGAUGCAGCGUCCGCCUUUGCCAACGCCAUGGGAUUCGAGUCGGAGUCGCUGGUCACGCCGGAGUCGAAGGACAUGUGGCAGCAGUGGACGGCCGAGAACUGCCAGCCGAACUUCUGGUGGAACGUGCACCCGGAUCCCAAGGUCUCGUGCGGCCCAUACAAACCUCGACCAACCCCACUGACCCGCUGGAAGGAGGAUCGGGCUCGAAAUGAGUACGAGAUCGGGCGCAAGAACCACGACACCAUCGGCAUGAUAGCCAUCGACGUGGAGGGCAACAUCCAUGCGGGCACAUCCACCAACGGGGCACGCCACAAGAUUCCCGGACGCGUUGGGGAUUCCCCGAUUCCGGGUGCCGGUGGCUAUGCGGACAACGAGGUGGGUGCCGCUGUGGCCACCGGAGACGGGGAUGUGAUGAUGCGCUUCCUGCCCUCGCUCCUGGCUGUGGAGGCCAUGCGAUUGGGAAAACCGCCUGCAGAGGCCGCCGAAGUAGGCAUCCGGAGGAUAAUGAAGCGCCACAAGGACUUCAUGGGCGCUGUCAUCGCCGUGGAUCGCCUAGGAAACUAUGCAGCCGCCUGUCACGGGUUAGAGGAGUUCCCCUUCAUGGUCAGUAGUCCAGCACGGCCGGACAAGCCGACCCGCCUGGAAACGGUCAAGUGCAUUGCAAAUCCGGAAAAAUUAAAUAUAGUGCCGUUGUAAGCAGAUGGGAAGUGUUAAAAUUUUGUAAUAAAAAUGUAAUUUGAAUUUC